CAAAAGCACGCUGCUGAAUGUUUUGUCUGAGAGUUGUCAGUUUCCGUAAAAAGUAAAUAAACAACCAGCAAAUUAAUAAUUUAAAAAUUAAAAAUUUUGGCUAAAAUAGGUGAUUUCUACAGUUUCGUUGCAAGUCCCAGAGGUCCAUGAGUAGUGCUUCUUGCGUAGCAUGCCGCACUCGUGGGUCCGGCAUGGUAGCCAUCUACCAGCACCCGAAUGGGUUGGAUCAAAUGUUCACCUCCGUCACCGGAGUUGAGGUUGAGCAUGAAGAUCAUCUCUGCAUACCGUGUUACGACGACCUGAAGGCAGCACAUCUAUUCAAACAGAAAUGCAUCCAGAAUAACAUUCUUCGUAUAAGUCGCUCCUCUCACCGUGAGGAAGUUGCCCAAAGCCAAGAAGUCGCCGCGAUUCCGGUGGAAAUCAUUUCAUCUAAAACGGAAUCCAUUCCAGGUGCUGAAAUUUCCACUACAAUAGCUGACGCGGACAUUCUCGAGGAGCACCUGGUCAUAAGAUCAGACGUUUCGGAAGACGAACCGGAAGAGGAAGAGGAUACAGAACUACUGGAAGAGAACGUCAUUGAAGAGGGGAAAGUUAUCCUCGACGGAAUGGUGACUGCUGAACCGGCUGAAACGGAUUCUAUCGAAGAGGAUAUCAAGCCGGGCCCUAUCCAUGAACAUAUUCAAAGUGCCGAAGAGGAAACCAUUGCUACGGCCUCGGAGGAAGCCCAUGCCAUCCGCUGCGAAUCCUGCAAUAAAGCAUUCAAGAAACUUCACCUCUUGCAAAGGCACAUGAAGUCUUACCAUCAGGCUGCCGAAUCUACCGACGAGGGCGGCGAACAGUACGUUCCAGGCACUUUGGCCACUCUUCCGACGGUGCACAACCUGAUGUGCGAGUUCUGUUUCCAGGAAUUCAACGUCCUGGAUGAAAAGCAUGAGCACGAAUCGGCACAUAUGACCGAACCCAAACCGUUUAAAUGUCCUCACUGUCAGAGAACGUUUAAGGACAAAGUUGGCCUGCGCAGCCACAUACGGAUCCAUUCGGCGGUCAAGCGUUACAAGUGUCAGCACUGUGAAAUGCGGUUCCAUAUACGGGGGAACCUAACGGCCCAUGAGCGAACACACAUCGGAGCGAAGCCGUACCUGUGUCCGCAUUGUGGGAAAGGUUUCGCUGAGAGAGGCAACCUGAAGAGCCACAUCCGCUACCACACGGGGGAACGGCCGUACCCAUGCUCCGAGUGCCCGAAGCAUUUUCGGACACACUACUCUCGAACGGUGCACCUCCGAUCGCACAGCAACGAGCGACCUUUCCGGUGCACCGACUGUGACAAGGGAUUCUACUCGUCCGGUAAGUUGACUAUCCAUCGGCGGGUGCACACUGGCGAGAAGCCGUACAAGUGCAGUUCAUGUCCGGCCAAAUUUGCCGACAGCAGUGGGUUGAAAAGGCACUUGAAAAAGCAUUGAAGGCGAUAAAGGUGGGAUCCAGAAAUGUGCGAUCUGUUGCGAUAAUUUUGAAGGUCUUAUGAUUUUUGAAAGAAAGCCUAAGUGUCGUGCCAUCUCGUUAUACAAGACCGACAAUUCUCACCUCACGCCACUCGUAGAAUAACCCCAAUUCUGAAAAAUCCAUUUUGUGUUUUCCAUUUUCUCAAAUUUCAUGCCAAAUAGUGAUUCCAAGGAACCUUCAAUAGAUUAUAUUAGAGAGCUGCUUAACUUUCAUACGGUGUACAAGAAUGGGGGAAUUUUUCUUUUCUCACAAAUAAAUUACAAUGCGUUCAAAUUUUUAAAAACACUACAGCUGAUUUUUAUUUUUCUGUUUGUUUUGUAUUUUUUUUUUCUUUCGCUUUUCAAUUAUAUGCUCCUAUAUAGUUUAUAGGCUAGUUGUGUGUAGUUGACCUCGAUUGGUUGGUUGGUUUUGUUGCUUCUCCAUUCGCCUCCAUUUUUUUCAUAACUCCAAGUUUAUUCUUUCUCCUGCACACUCUUCUUUGCUGUAUUUGUUUUCCUUUUUGCUUGUGUUUGGGCAAUUUGUUUCGUCUAGUUUGCGUUCAGCAU